UGGUCCAACACGGAAAUUCACCUCGGAAGAAACAGGGAUUGCACUCGACUUGACACUAGUUCCGCAAAGAAAAAAACUGCCAGUAGCCUACAGCCCUCCCUUACAUUCAAUAUCUGACAUCGACUAGUGAUUACCGUACGCAUGGAAACUGGCACAGUUCGGCAGUGCUGAAGCUAAGCAUAGCCUGCACCUAUCAGUGUGACGGCGUUUUAACAUCAGAUAUGAGUAGGUUGUGGAUGUGCUAAUAGCCUGGUAGCAAGCUCACCUGUUAGUGUUGUGACGGUGAUGGAGAAUAUUGAGCAGGCUUCGCCCCUCCGGAUCACCCCUACUGUCGGGGCGCUGAGCUCCGCACUACGGGGAAAGCAUGAAAAUGUCCCCGAUUUCAGCCGGGGGAACGGCGACAGGAUCUUUCCGGAACCAGAGAAGCUUUGGUUCAAGGAGAGCAGCGCUAAAAACCUGCGUAACAGAGACUUCUUGUCGCCGACCACGAUGCUUACCACGCUGUAUGCGGAUGGACAGGUCACUCCAGAAGUGAUGUCCAGGGUCCUGUCUCUCCGUGGCACUGGGGUUCUGCCUGUGGCGGGCGGGGAGGUAAUGAGUGAGGGGUUGAGGGUGAGGGUCGAUCGGGCCACAGCCUUCAAGGCUGUCCUGGCAGGUGGAGCCACAGAAUACCUGAAGCCAUCAAGUCAGAAGCAAGGCUGCAUGGUGCUCAACUGCCCCGCACUUCACCCUAAACCCAACACACAAACUCCUGAUACACUGACUCUGGGCCAUCUGAGGACUGUUUUGUUGGCUGACCACAUGGGGGUGCUGUUGAGAAGACAGGGAUUUGUAGUGUCGUAUUGCCCCACGCUUCCCGAAGACAGCGACAUCAUCACCUUUCUCCGAGCUCUGGGCAUUGAUUGGCCGACUGCCCCAGCCAACUGGAACAACGAGGAGCGGGAGGUGAAGAUUCAGGAAGCGCUGGAGAACUCCCCGUACAGAGAGAGGGAAACUGAGAGAGGCAAGAGGACCAGUGGAGGAGGAGGGAGGAAAGUCGAGGAGGGGGAGAACGAGGGAGCACUCAAGGUCAACCUGAAACGAGUGUUCCAAGAGGAGGGGCUGCUGGGAUAUGACCCCAGCCUUGGUACUAGCACAGUACACAGAGACAGUGUUUCCCACCUGGCACAACUGGACCUCGCCACAGCUGAGUGCACAGUAGCCAUGGUAACAGUGUUACAUGUGACUUCCUGUCAGGAUGAGUUCCGCCAGCAGCAGGUAGCAGUGCUGUGGAGGGCCAGUGGAGCGACACAUACACAGAGACAUCUGGUGUGUGGGCCUGUGAAGACUCCUGGUUCUCACCUCAGUGCUGCACAGUACCUACAGCUGAGAAGAGGUCAGAUGAAGGAGGCUUCAGAGAUGAAGUAUGGAGAUCAAGUAGAAGGUCAGACGUGGGAUGACAUCAUCAGGGUCAUGACCUCUGCUACUGUGAGAUUUGAGCUGCUGUCAACGGUCCACACCAGUCCUGUGACACUGGAUGUCCAGAGGGAAGGGGGGGUGUCCACCAAAGGGCCAAGAGGAGGAGUGUUUGUGAUGUAUAACUGUGCCAGACUGCACACUCUGUUCGACAGCUACGAGAGAGGAGUAGAAAAAGGUUUAUACCCAGAAAUCCCUGAAGGCUCCCAACUAGACUUCUCUGCUCUGAAAGAAGAGAUGUCCUCACAGCAACAGUUCAGUGUUAAUCCUCUCAUGCCGUCCCCGUUGUUUGACUGGCAGGGCGAGUGGCUUCUACUGUUCAAUUAUCUCAUUCCGUUCUCCGAGCUGCUGGACCAAUCGGGCCAAGCGUUAGACUGCGAAGGGGGAGGAGCCAGAGUGAAUAUUAAGACUGAACAGAUCUGUAAAUUCCUUGUGUCUCUAAGUAAAGACUUCAGCUCGUACUACAACAGAGUCCAUGUCCUGGGGGAGCCGUUGCCUCAUCUCUUCAACCAGAUGUUUUGUCGUCUGUAUCUGUUAAGAGCUUUAAGAGAGCUCUACCACAGUGCUCUGGACACCCUUAACCUACCCCCCAUCAGACAGCUAUAGCUUUGACGAAAGUCAUCCUGUGAUCACGCUUAGCCCUACCUCCCCACUCAUUUCAUCUCACACAAACACUCACGUAUGUUUUGUAAUUGUAACUUCAUCACACACACACACACUUCAUUUAGCAAUGAAAAUGUAUUCAGCUAAGACAGACUUCCCUCCUCCCUUCACUUCCUUCUUUCCCUUACCUUUCCCUCUUCUGGGCAAUGUUACAAUACAGUCCGUGGCUGCCAUAGUCAAUUAUGAUACAUUGUUUUACCUACCCACUAUAUAGCUUCUACAGCUUCUACUUUUCAGUCAGAUUUCUGUAGCUGGACAUACUGUAACUGUUAAAAUAGGAUGUCAUUACUUGUAAAUCAUGUAAUGUGAACUCAGUAAACUCAAGAUCAAGCUAAA